AUGUGUAUUCGAAUUGGAUUCUGAACGUGUGGCGCAACCCUCCCUCAGAAUCUUGCGACAUUGCUGGUCCUCGAGUUUUGCUAUGAACGCUUAGUUUUCUAAAGUCCAACGAGGGGACAAGAAUCGAGAAAUUGAGAUUGGUUGCGCCAAGGAGAGAAUGUUGAAGAUUGGAGCAAGCUUCGCUCUGCUUGUUAUUUUUGUUGUCGUUGUUUCUUGUAGCUUUAUUUUCAUUUGUUUUUCCUUCGAGCUAGCUGACAAGUGUAAAGAGGUGGGACUAACCGUUGUAUCGGUACGUGUUAUUUUGAGGAAUUCUCUUGGUGGUUCUUUUGAUGGAGCCUUUUCGUAAUCUUGUUUUAUAACCGCGACAGUUUAUUCUUGGAUAUCUGUACGCCUCAUCUGCACAUGCUGCAUCAGUUUCUGUGGAUGGCAGGAUUGACGAGCUCAGAUAACGAAACCUCCCGGGAGCCUUUCUCUGUAUUGGCGUCAAUGCUGGUCGUUGGGGCUUGCACUGCAGUUUUUGGAUGCUGUACACCUUAUUUAGCAGCAGCCCAUGCAGCUGAAGGAGUGACUGAAGAACCUAGUAUACUUUUCCAGAGAACUUGUGCUGGUUGCCAUGCAGGUGGUGGCAACAUUUUACAACCAAAUUCAACACUUUUUGCCAAAGAUCUUGACAGGAAUGGGAUGGCCAAUGUUGAAAAUAUCUUUCAAAUUACAUAUUCUGGAAAAGGACGAAUGCCUGGAUAUGGUGAAAAAUGCGCACCCCGUGGGCAAUGUACAUUUGGACCACGACUGAGUGAUUCUGAUAUUCGAGCAUUAGCGGAGUUUGUUAGGCUACAGGCUGAUCAGGGUUGGACCAAAUGAGCAGUCUACCGUUCAGGAAUUUGCACAGAUCGGUACUGCCUCGAUAUGUUGGUCAACCUUGUCUUGGUUAGCUGUCACAAAUUCUCGUGACACCGUGCGAAAAUGUCUCAAAUCUGUGCAGAUUUUGUUCAUAUAUUUUUUAGUUUAUUGGGGCAAUCUUUAACAGGGUCUUCCUUUUGCCACGAAAACAUGAGGAAUCCUAAUAUUUUACUUCUUUCGUCGUCGA